AUGAAUGACUUCAUUAUGCACACGUUAAAGGAAGAAGUCCAUGGAAAGCUAUUGCCAUUAAUGGAUUCAUUGUGUAUAGAGAACAAAGAGGUUGACUUGCAGGAAUUGUUGGGGAGAUUCUCUUUCAAUGUGAUUUGCAAAUUUACAAUGGGGAGUAAUGACGGCGAUGAUGAGAAUAAUAGGUGUUGUUUGAAUCCUAGUUUUCCGAUUUCGCCGUUAGCAAAGGCUUUCGAUGUGGCGGCUGAGAUUUCGGCGAGGCGUGGAGCAGCGCCGUUGUUUUUGGUGUGGAGAGUGAAGAAAUGGCUGAGAGUUGGAUCGGAAAGGAGGUUGAGAGAGGCGGUUAAGGAGGUUCAGACACGUGUCAUGGAAAUGAUUUUAAAUAGAAAGAAAAAGAUGAGUGUAAUGGGAGAGGAAUUUCUUGGUGGUCAAGAUCUCUUGUCACGUCUUAUUUAUUCAGAUCAUGAUGAGGAAGUGAUUAGGGACAUGGUGAUAAGCUUGAUUAUGGCAGGGAGAGACACAACAUCAUCAGCUUUAACAUGGUUCUUUUGGUUACUAUCAAGUCAUUCUGAGAUUGAGCACAUGAUAGUGAAAGAGACAUUGAAUUAUGAUUAUGAUUAUGACUAUGAAUCAUUGAAGAAUAUGAAUUAUUUAAAGGCAUGUCUAUGUGAAGCAAUGAGAUUAUACCCACCAGUGGCAUGGGAUUCAAAGCAUGCCACAUGUGAUGAUAUAUUGCCAUAUGGCACAAUGGUAAGAAGUGGAGAUAGAGUGACCUAUUUUCCAUAUAGAAUGGGGAGAUUGGAGAAUUUAUGGGGAAAAGAUUGGUUUGAAUUUAGACCGGAUCGGUGGUUUAUUGAGCCGGUUGACCCGGGGGAGAAUGAAGUAGUGUUGAAAGAGGUUUGUCCUUUUAAGUUUCCUAUUUUUCAGGGUGGUCCAAGGGUGUGUUUGGGAAAAGAAAUGGCUUUUGUUGAAAUGAAAUAUGUCGUGGCUUCAAUUGUUAGGAGAUUUAAGAUUAGAAUAGUUAGUAGUGAGAAGCCUAUAUUUGUGCCUCUUCUUACGGCGCACAUGGCUGGCAGCUUAAAAGGAUUGGUUUCUAAAAGGGUGUGA